AGGGGGCUGAAGAGAAGGCUGAAAUAAAGGAUUCAUCGGUUAAGAGUUUGGUUGAUGAGACAGCAAUGACACCAGAAUCUCCAAAGAAGAUAUCCGAAAGCCAAAUUCAAGGACCAAAGGUUCUAAGCACAACAACCCAGAGUGAAAAGGGGGCUGACGACAAGGCUGAAAUAAAGGAUUCGUCAGUUAAGAGUUUGGUUGAUGAGACAGCAAUGACUUCAGAAGCUCCAAAGAAGAUAUCAGAAAGCCAAAUUCAAGGACCAAAGGUUAUAAGCACAACAACCCAGGGUGAAAAGGGAGCGAACGAGAACGUUGAAAUAAAGGAUUUGUCAGUGGGGAAUCUGGUAAAUGAGAUGGCAAUGACACCAGAAUCUCCAAAGAAGAUAUCAGAAAGCCAAGUUCAAGGAACAAAGGUUAUAAGCACAACAACCCAGGGUGAAAAGGGAGCUAACGAGAACGCUGAAAUAAAGGAUUUGUCAGUGGGGAAUCUGGUAAAUGAGAUGGCAAUGACACCAGAAUCUCCAAAGAAGAUAUCAGAAAGCCAAGUUCAAGGAACAAAGGUUAUAAGCACAACAACCCAGGGUGAAAAGGGAGCUAACGAGAAUGCUGAAAUAAAGGAUUUGUCAGUGGGGAAUCUGGUAAAUGAGAUGGCAAUGACACCAAAAUCUCCAAAGAAGAUAUCAGAAAGCCAAGUUCAAGGGACAAAGGUUAUAAGCACAACAACCCAGGGUGAAAAGGGAGCUAACGAGAACGCUGAAAUAAAGGAUUUGUCAGUGGGGAAUCUGGUAAAUGAGAUGGCAAUGACAUCAGAAGCUCCAAUGAAGAUAUCAGAAAGCCAAAUUCAAGGACCAAAGGUUAUAAACACAACAACCCAGGGUGAAAAAGGGUCUGAAGAGAAGGCUGAAAUAAAGGAUUCAUCGGUUAAGAGUUUGGUUGAUGAGACAGCAAUGGCAUCAGAAUCUCCAAAGAAGAUAUCAGAAAGCCAAAUUCAAGGACCAAAGGUUAUAAGCACAACAACCCAAGGUGAAACGGGGGCUAAAGACAAGGCUGAAAUAACGGAUUCAUCUGUUAAGACUUUGGUUAUUGAGAAGUCAAUGACACCAGAAUCUCCAAAGAAGGAACCCGAAAGCAAAAUUCAAGGACCAAAGGUUACAAGCACAACAACCCAGAUUGAAAAGGGGGCUGAAGAGAAGGCUGAAAUCAAGGAUUCAUCGGUUAAGAGUUUGGUUGAUGAGAUGGCAAUUACACCAGAAUAUCCAAAUAAAAUAUCCGAAAGCCAAAUUCAAGGACCAAAGGUUAUAAGUACAACAACCCAGGGUGAAAAAGGGUCUGGAAAGACUAAAAUAAAGGAUUCGGCAGUUAAGAGUUUGGUUAAUGAGACAGAAAUGACAUCAGAAUCUUCAAAGAAGAUAUCAGAAAGCCAAAUUCAAGGACCAAAGGUUAUAAGCACAACAACCCCGGGUGAAAAGGGGGGUAAAGAGAAGACUGAAACAAAGGAUUCUUCAGUUAAGAAUUUGGUUAAUGAGAUUUUAAUUGAGAAUGCUAACUCUAAAGUUAGCACCCAAAAGGACCAGAAUCUCUCAAUCAGAGACAAACAUUUGAAAACAGAGGAAAACAUUGAUCAAUCCAAGGAUUUCAAAGCCCCAAAUGCUAAGCCAGUUGUGCUCAAAACUGAAAAAGCAACCAGUAAGGCUGACAAGAAACAAAAGAAAACAAAAUACAUUAUAGGAGUUGAAAGUAUAUUGACAAAGCAGGAGGAUCAGCAGAUGAUGGAAUCAAAGAUAGAUGCCAAGCAAGAGUCAGAAUUUUUUUUUUUUAAAGAUGCAUUUAUCAACAAAAGUGGUGCAGAACAAAAAAAGGCCAUUGUUGUGCCAGAUAAAGCCCUUAACAGCUGUGAUGCUCAGAAGAAUGCUGAUGACACCAAAGAAAAAGCAAAAACAGAUAGCGGUUUGAAACUUGCGUCUUCAAGAGAAGAGAAAACCAUGAGCUUCAGUGAACCCCAAAAUCUUGCAAAACUAACACUCAAUGGCAGUUUGUCGCUUUGUGCAACAGCUGAAACAUCUGCAACAUCGAAAAGUCUUCAGACAAAAAAGGAAUCUCCUUCUAGCUGGUUAGAUGUGGAGAAUCAAAAACGGAAGAAGCAUCAUAAAAGAAACAAAUUAAAGGCCAGUGAGGAUAAAACUCUUGAGCCCGAUGACUUGAAUGAUUUUAUCAGGAUUAUUAAGGAAGGCAGCAUUCCCUUCUCACAACCUGCAAAGAGACACAUCAGUAAAAAGUCCCCAUCUCCACCCUUUGUCAUGCAGGCCAUAAAGGAGGACCAUUUUGAGAAAACAUUUGAUCCAGAGGGAUUCCACUUUGGCUUAAGAAAUACUGACAAAUGUUUUAGGGAUCCUUCCCCAGCUAUGGUGGUCAAACAAAGAGCAGCUAAUAGGAAAGCACGGACCCUGGAAAAAAAUUCACAAGAUAAUGCUGUGGACCAAAUGAAAUCACUUGGUGAGCUUGAAGGAACAAGUGGAGUGGCUGAGGAGACAAAUACUGAUGCAGGAAAAGAAGAGGGACAAAACAAUAGAGGAGAGCCUGGGAAGCUGACGUCACGACUUGGAAGGAUGUCCAUCCUCUCUGGCUUACUGAAUUCCCCUCGGUCCUCCAGGAAAGAGGAAGCUGCCCCCGCCUCAACAAGCACACUUUCUAACCAACAACAGGGCUCGCCUAGACAGCAGAGAGUUGAUUCACCUCUGCCUGCAGCAGAUAAGAAGGGUCUGAAGGGUGUGGACCAAGGCCCACUUGUGGGUGGUGGUAUCGGUACAGUUAGUGAGUCAGCACUCAAUCCCUCCUUUCCUCCUCCUCCUCCUCCUCCUCAGCCACUCCCAGAGAUACAGCUGCCUGAUCAUUUAGGGAAAUACCUCAAGAAGUACAAAUCCAUUUAUGAGACCUCCCAGGGCUCUACACAGAUGACUAAAACUAAGCUGAAUCCCGAGGGUCCUGUGAUGGAUCAGGCCUCGAUAUUGAGGGCACCUGAUGUGGAUGUUGGCCUGAAGGGCCCUGCGGGACUGCCUCCAGCCAGAGACAACAGCCAGCCGACUUCCCAGAAUGGACGUGCUCCUUCUACGCCUAAGAUACCUGCAGUAAGAGGCUUCCACAAAAGGCCCGGAAAGAUUGUCAUUCACGAGCAUGCUCAGUUUGGAGGACAGUCGUUUGAACUCCAUUGUGAUUUAGAAGAUGCCACCACAAUGAAGCUGUCCCCUGUCAUCUCAGUCAGAGUAACCAGAGGAUGCUGGCUGCUGUACGAAAAACCGAGCUUCCAGGGUCGUAUCAUCGCCCUUGAGGAAGGUCCUACAGAGGACAUAGGGAACAUUUGGGCAGGGAAGGAAACUCCAGCGACACUGGACCAGAUGGUACCAACAGCUCCGAUGGUCAUCGGCUCCAUUCGGUUGGCAGUUAGAGACUACAGCGUGCCCCGAAUCGACCUGUUUGCAGAGGUAGAUGGAUUGGGGAGGAUGUCCUCGCACUGUGACGAGGUUGUAGAGAUCGGCUCGUACGGGAUGUCACAGACCACCGGCUCCAUCAAGGUUCACUCAGGAGUCUGGCUGGUGUACACCGAUCCGGGCUUUGGAGGUUUUGUCGGCGUGCUGGAGGUGGGGGAGUAUCCCUGCCCAGAGAACUGGGGUUUCCACGAGCCCUUCAUCGGUUCUAUCAGACCCCUCCGAUUGGGACAAAUAAGGGUGGAGCAUCCUCACGAAUUCAAGGCUUUAGUGUUCGAGAAGCCCAACUUUGAUGGACAGUGCACGGAGGUCGACAGCGAUGUGUACAACUUGCAAGAGGAGCAACCAGACGAGAGCAAGAGGACGAUGUCUACAAUGGGGUCUAUAAAGAUACUUGGUGGUCUCUGGCUGGGCUAUCUGGAGGCAGACUUCGAAGGCCAGCAGUACAUCCUGGAGGAGGGGGAGUAUCCCCACUGCAGUGACUGGGGAGGGUCUGAAGACGGGCUGCUGUCACUUCGGCCUGUAUGCCCAGAGUUCCAGUCCCCUCACGUGAAACUGUUCAGUGAGCGACACUUCAAUGAGCUGGGGCUGAACGUGGACCUGCUGUUUCCCGUCCCCAACAUGGAGGGCUUCGAACACGGCGGCAAAACUCAGUCUGUCAACGUCAUGAGUGGAGUGUGGGUGGGGUUCGAGAAGCCUGGCUUCAGCGGAGAGCUCUAUGUCCUGGAGAGAGGCCUGUAUGCAGACCCACAGGACUGGGGAGCCCCCAACUUCAAGAUCUCAUCCAUACAGCCGGUCUUUCAUGACGCCCUAAUGGGAACAACAAAAUUCAAGAUGCAUCUGUAUUCUGAGCCAGACUUCCAGGGAAGGCUGGUGGCUCUGGAGGACAGCGCAGCGGCUCUGGAUGAGGACUUCACCCCCAAGUCCUGUAAGGUGCUGGCUGGCAGCUGGGUGGCGUAUGAAGGAGCUCAGUUCACACGCGACAUGUACGUGUUGGAGGAGGGAGACUACCCCAACGCGGUGGCCAUCGGCUUCCUGUCUUCGGACGCCAUCAUCCGCUCCAUACAGAUCGUCAGACAAGAGUUGUCUCUGCCCUCCAUCGUCUUGUUCAGUAAGGCGGGCUGUCGAGGACGCAGAGUGCCGCUGACCACCGGAGCCGUGAACCUGCUGCAGGCCGGUCUGGACACCCACAUCCGCUCCGUGCUGGUGGAGGGAGGAAUGUGGGUGUUGUAUGAAGGCAGUAACUACCGCGGUCGACAGCUGUUCCUCCAGCCCAGUGAAGUGGCCAAUCUGUGGAAGCUCAGCGGCGCACAGAAAGUAGGAUCCCUACGUCCAUUAUUCCAGAAGCAGGCUUACGUCCGUCUGCGGAACACAGAGACGGGAUGCGUGAUGUCACUGACGGGAACGUUGGAGGACGUCACGCUGAUGAGGGUUCAGGCUGUGGAGGAGACGGGAGGGGUGGAGCAGGUCUGGCUCUAUCGGGACGGGCAGCUCGCCUGCAAGCUGGUGGAGGACUGUCGCCUGGAGACCUCCGGCAGUUUGGCGAUGGAGGGCAGCAGGCUGCGAGUCAGCGCCGAGCAAGGCCCAGGCAACCACCUGUGGAACAUCACCCCGGAUGGCCGCGUGCACUGCUACCUCAAACCUGACCUGGUCCUGGAGGUCAAAGGUGGUCAUCAGUACGACAGGAACCAGGUGAUCCUCAGCCCGUGUGACCAGAGGAAACCCAACCAAAGCUGGACCGUGGAUAUCCUGUGAGCUGCUGAGCCGGACCAGCCCCACUCUCGCUGAGCCCAGUGACGCAGCUCCGCCGUGGGACCCACACCACGGACGUGGAGCCUGUCGGGGGUUCUGCACUCUCACUGCACCUUUUUGUCGUAUUCCACCUUUGACUAGAUUCAUAUCUUAACUAUUGUGAAUGAAUUAGUGAUGUAAACAAUAUUGCUUAAUUUCUGCCACUUUAUUUUGAACACUACAGGACUGUCUCAGAAAAUUAGAAUAUUGUGAUAAAGUUCUUUAUUUUCUGUAAUGCAAUUAAAAAAACAAAAAUGUCAUGCAUUCUGGAUUCAUUACAAAUCAACUGAAAUAUUGCACGCCUUUUAUUCUUUUAAUAUUGCUGAUUAUGGCUUACAGCUUAAGAAAACUCUAAAAUCCUAUCUCAUAAAAUUUUAAUAUUUCCUCAGACCAAGUAAAAAAAAGAUUUAUAACAGCUGAGUGUUUGUCAAGGCUCAGGAAACCCUUGCAGGUGUUUCGAGUUAAUUAGACAAUUCAAGUGAUUUGUUUAAUACCCUACUAGUAUACUUUUUCAUGAUAUUCUAAUAUUUAGAGAUAGGAUAUUUGAGUUUUCUUAAGCUGUAAGCCAUAAUCAGCAAUAAAUCAGAAUAAAAGGCUUGCAAUAUUUCAGUUGAUUUGUAAUGAAUCCAGAAUGCAUGACAUUUUUGUUUUUUGAAUUGCAUUACAGAAAAUAAAGAACUUCAUCACAAUAUUCUAAUUUUCUGAGACAGUCCUGUAUAUACCAAAGACUGUUUUCACUGCGUGUGGCGAGAACCUUGUUUCAAUGCUGCAUACCUCUCUGUCCUUCAUGGUACUUUUCUCCUGCACGGUUCCAAUGUCUGUUUGCAGAACAUAAUGUUGGCAAAUAUGGAUAGAGAAGUUAUUGACAGCUGCAAUAUGAAGUCCAAUGUGCCUACACUCCAAAUAUCUAUGUAGAUGUUUUCUUUUAGUUAUUACUGUGGAUUAAAAAAGGAUCUAUUGUAAAAUGAAAAUGUCUUUUUAGGACUUGAUGGGUUUUUCAUUUUUCUUUCUUCUUUACUGCGUUCAGUUGUCCAUGAGCCUCGAGUGUAUAGAUCUGAGUUGCAAUUUCAUAACGGAACUGCAAUAACAAUGCUGCCCACUGCGGAUUGUAAAUAUUUGAAUCUAGAAGAGAACACUGUUACAUAUGAAAAUAAAAAUGACUUUCUGAUUGUGUUUUUUAGAAAAUAAAACAUUGUCUUUCUUUAGACUUUA